UAUUUAUAGAUAUAUAUUUUUCAUAUGUGAGACAAAAGGUAAAAAUAUUUAUUGUCAUUGACGGUCUGAUUCACAGCGUCCUCUUUCAGCAUGACGUCAACUACGAAUCUGGAUGUAUGAGGCAGAGGCACAGGCACAUCAACAUCAAUCUUGACCAACUACAGCUACAGCUACAGCGUAUACUUGUAGCCAUAACCAAUACAAUACAAUAUACAUAAAAAAAAAAAGAAAAAAAAAGUAAAUACAUAAAUAUGUAUACAUAUAUCGAUGUAAACAUUCACACCUAGGAUUAGUAAUCGGCGUCUUAAACUCACUUUUACAAAAGAUAUAAACCAGCUCAAGUACCAGCUACCAGAUACCAUCUACCAGCUACCAGUUACCAGUGAGUAAAAGUACCAGUAUCCAGUGUUAAGUGUCUUGUUACCUGUUUGGUAAUUAGUAAAUCCUCAAGAGUCGUAAUUACAACAAUCUAAUGUCCCAUUUAAUAUUAUUAUCAAUAUCUACCUGCAACUAUUUAAAUGAUAACUGAUAUAUAGUUAUUUUAUUGAGUGUCUUCAAAAAGAGCGUAUGCUAUAAAUUAUUAACAAAUUUUAAAAAUAAUGGCUCAAUCCACAACCAUUGAAACUGUGACAAUCACAAAGCCAUUUAAAGUGAUAGCACUGGUAUGUGGGACUAUUGUUAUUCUGUUGAUGAUUAUGGGAUUGGCGUCAGCAGACUGGCUGAUGGCAGUGGGAUGGCGUCAAGGAUUAUUCACACAUUGCAUUGCUGAAGGAGCUGAGACGCCGUUGCCCUUCAACGUCGUUGCAGAACCUGGAUGCUAUUCUGCGAGAGAUGUUGGAUAUAUUAAAGCAGUAGCCGCACUAUGUAUAGUCUGCCUUGUUGCUGAUGUCGCGGGUACGCUGCUCACUUGGCUUGGACUCAAGUCAAAGGACCAUCGGAAUAAGCAUCGAUGCUACAGGAUCGCUGUCCUCUGCAUGUUAUUAGCUUUAAUAUCUCUACUGAUCGCCUUGAUAAUUUAUCCAGUUUGUUUUACUGGAGAAUUAAAUCUAGGGAACCGGACGGUCUGGGAGUUUGGAUGGGCCUAUGGAGUUGGUUGGGGUGCGGCGAUUUUCCUCUUUGGCGCCGUGAUACUUUUGUGGUUUGACAAAGAAAGCGAAGAAAUAUAUUAUAAAGAACGGAAAAUAGUGCGGGAAGACAUGACAAGUGGUGGUAACAACGCGAUGAUCGGCCACGGAAUUGUUGGUCAUCACGGUACCGGGAGAACUGGCCUCCAACACGCCUAGUGGCAUUGUACCCUGCCCGAUGUUGUCCUCUAGGUCAAUUUUAUUUUAAAUCCUUUAUUUUUAUUCACGCUUCCUUUUACUCCCAAUCAUAUUAUCUCUUUUGUUGACAAUCACAAGAUAUCAUUUAAUUAUUGAUCAAUAUCUUGUUGCUAAAUCGACUAGAGAUUUAAAAAAAAAAAAAGAAAAGAAAAAAACUAAAAUAAAGUAAAUUAAUGAAUUAAUUAAGUCGUAAAUCGGAGACCAAUUCGCGUAAAACUCUGACUGCCACUGCUGCGCUCCAUCACAGCGUAUAUUAUUUUAUUAAACAAAUUAAUUAAAGAAUUAAUUAAUUAAAAAAAACAUUUAAAUUAUUUUUAAAUAAAUAAGAAUUGAAAGUGAGGGACCUAUUGAAAGUACGGCAGCUUGAAAUUUAUUUAUUUUUUAGUAACGUAAAAAAAAAUUGUACAUUAGGAAUUUUUUAAAAUUAAUUUACAUGUUAAUUAAGAUAUGAAUAUAUAUUUUUGAAUUAGAAUUUAUAAAUUAUGUAUAGUUAAAUAUUACAUAGCGUAGAAAUAUGAAUCGCAUUUAUAUUUUUAAUGGUAAAGUAUUUUUAAUUUAAUUGUGAAAAAAAAUAAUAAUGAACAGAGUAGCAGUUUGGCAAGAAAUCUUGUCAAAAAAAAAAAAAAAUAGACUAAAAUAAUAGUGAAGUGUUUCAUUAGCGAGUAAUUAUUUUAAAAAUAAUUAGCCAGCUGAACAAGAUAAUUUAAUUGUGUCCCUCGUUACUGUACUAAUUAUUAUUAUUUACAUCACUAAUUAUUUUACAAUCAUAUUUUUUUUAAUAAUUAAUUUCCGUUUGUAUUAAUCAUUGCUCAUCGACAGUACGCAUGUACUGUAAUUAACACUUUCUUUUAUUAAUUAUUAUAUUAAUUUAAAUGUACAAAACCUAAAUGGUUAAUGAAAUAAAAGCAGCUCGGGCAGGUAAAACCGAUCCAUUGCGCCAUAUGCAUUACUAUUAAUUACGCAUAUGUAUAUAAUCUAGAGAUUUUAUAUACGAUGAAAAAAAAGUAAAUUAUAUUAAUAACUAAUUGUCAUAGAAACAGUGCUAUUGUUAGAUUAUUAAUAAUAAUAAUAAUAAUAAUUAUAAAAAAUGAAAUUGUAAAAUUAUCAGCACGAAUUAUCAUCAAAUAUUGUAGAAAAAAAAAAGUUGCUUCAUUACUAAUUAAAAAACAAUUUAUAAAUUGAAAGUUUAAUUAUCGAUAAAAAUUAAUAGAUUUCUUAUUGAGAGAAUGGUGAGACCGAUUAAUGAUGUUAAUUAUAGUUAAUUGACACUCAAAUAUUUUUAAUGAAAUGUACUGUUGAACAUAGAUUUUUCCGAUAAAUUAUAAUACUUAUUGAAUUGUAUUGAUUACUAAUAAUUACGUGACUGAAAUCCAUAGAUAAAUAUUGAUUAAAAUAAUAAAUAAAUCAGCGGUUAGAAAAAUAUAAACGACAAACGAUUAGUGAUAUGAUUGUGGUUGUAAUAAGUCCGUCUUGAUAAUUAUUUAUUAAAAUUGAAAGCUGUUAAUUAUGAAUGGAUGAUUAUUUUUAAAUUUAGAUUAACAUAAUAUAUUUUAGAUGUUGUUCAAAAUCUUUCGCACUUUCAUAUCACAUGACAUAUCGUUAUAAAUUACACUGCGAGUAGUUUUUUUAAGUGAAUACCAUGAUUAUAAAUUUAUAGAUGAACUUAUAUGACGGGCAUGUUACCAGAAUUCAAGAGAUCUCGAUUUUGAGGAGUGAAAAUAUAUUUCCAGCUGAAAUAAUUUAAUUGUUAGAUGUCCAUUGAUAACCUCAGAUGUAGAUAUUUUAGAGAGUAUUCAUAUAGUGAUGUUAUAAAUUUAAAUUAUAGUCGAUUGUCAUCUGUUUUAAGUAUAUCGCAGUAUUGUACAAAAAUUAAAUAAUAAAUAAAUAUCCGUCGAUAAUU